AUGGCUUCAUCCGCUAGCUGGUUUUGCUCAUUGCUUGCGCUGUUCCUCGUCUUCUCGGGCACCUACGGGCAGCUCAGCCCCAACUUCUAUUCCUUGAGCUGUCCGACCUUGCUGAGCGUCGUGAGCGACGCCACGAGCCAGGCCAUCCUCGCGGAGAAACGGAUGGGCGCCUCCCUUCUCCGCCUCCACUUCCAUGACUGCUUUGUUCAGGGUUGCGACGGAUCGAUCCUUCUCGACGACGCCCCGGGCCUCGUCGGCGAGAAGACCGGCUUCGGGAACGUGAACUCGGUCAGGGGCUUCGAGGUCGUCGACGCAAUCAAGACCAAGGUGGAGGCUGUCUGUCCAGGCGUCGUGUCCUGCGCCGACAUCCUCGCCCUCGCAGCACGCGACAGCACCGUUAAGCUCGGCGGACCAACCUGGACGGUGCCGCUCGGCCGGCGCGACUCGACGAACGCAAACCUGAGCCAGGCAAACAGCGACCUCCCGCCGCCGUUCGCGAACAUCAGCGGCCUCAUCGCCGGGUUCGCCAAGAAGGGCUUUACGGCGCGCGAGAUGACGGCGCUCUCCGGCGCGCACACCAUCGGCUUCGCGCAGUGCAAGAACUACCGGGACCGCAUCUACAAUGACACCAACAUCGACCCCGUAUUCGCCACCAACCUCAAGAGCACCUGCGCCUCCGCGGCCCCGGGCACCGACGCCAAGCUAGCGCCGUUCGACAAACAGACGGACCUCGUCUUCGACAACAAGUUCUACGACAACCUGGCCAACAGGCAGGGGCUGAUUCAUUCGGACCAGGAGUUGUACAACCCCGGCGGCACGCAGUCGCAGGCUAGUGUUGUGAGCCAGUACAGAUCGAACAGCAACACCUUCUUCAACGAGUUCGCCGCCGCGAUGGUAAAGAUGGGGAACAUCGCCCCGCUCACCGGUGCCGCCGGCCAGAUCAGGCUCAACUGCAGGGUCGUCAACAGUUGA